GACACCCAUAAUAAUGCAGACAAUAAUGGAUAAAUCUCACUCAAGUUUCACCCGUUGUUGCGCCGCUCCCACUCCCACGCGCCGCCACCGAUUCCUCAUUCAUCCUCAUAAUCGGUGGUAUCUGUUGUGGAAGCACUUCAUUCUGAUAUGGGCGAUUUACUCUUCAUUCUUCAUUCUUAUGGAGUUCGGUUUCUUCAGAGGCUUACCUAACAACAUAUUUCUCCUGGACAUAGCGGGGCAAUUGGUGUUUCUGAUGGACAUGGUGGUGCAGUUCUUGGUGUGCUAUCACGAAGUUCACUCCAACUCACUCUCCUUGGUCCUCGACCACUACAAGAUCUUCGUCAGGUACCUCAAGUCUCGCUUCUUCUUCGACCUCCUCUCAUGUCUCCCAUGGGAUUUCAUCUACAAGCGCACCAACAACAAUGAGCUCCUCCGCUCUCUGCUCUGGAUCAUACUUGCUCGUGCUUCCCGUGUCACCCAAUUCCUCGACACCCUCGAGAAGGAUACAAGGAUCAAUUACUUGUUCACCAGAAUCCUCAAACUCUUCGUCGUUGAACUUUACUGCACUCACUCCGCUGCUUGCAUUUUUUACUAUCUUGCCACCACUCUGCCCUCUUCCCAGGAGGGUUACACCUGGAUCGGUAGCUUGAAGAUGGGAGACUAUGCGUAUUCUGACUUCCGACACAUCGAUCUCUGGAAGCGUUAUGUCACCUCCCUCUACUUUGCCGUUGUUACCAUGGCCACCGUUGGCUACGGAGAAAUCCACGCAGUCAACGUGCGUGAAAUGAUAUUCGUCAUGGUUUAUGUCUCCUUUGACAUGAUUCUUGGCGCUUACCUCCUCGGCAACAUGACUGCGUUGAUCGUGAAAGGGUCUAAGACCGAGAGAUUCAGAGAUAAAAUGUCUGAUAUUAGUAAGUUCUUCGAUAAGAACAAACUGGACAGCCAGAUAUGUCACCAGAUUAAAGAUCACUUGAGGUUAAAGUAUGAUCGAAGUUAUAACGGAUCUUUUAUUCUUCAGGAGAUACCAACCACCAUUCGCAAGAAGAUUUCAAUAAGCAUGUACGAAAAGUUCAUUCAGAAAGUUUCUCUUUUCAAGGGAUGCUCUUCAGGGUUUAUAAAGCAGAUCGCAACCAAAGUGGAGGAAGAGUUUUUCCUCCCAGGAGAAUUAGUUAUGGAGGAAGGAGAUGUCGCAGAUAAACUCUACUUUGUAUAUCAUGGUGAGAUGCGUGAGAUGAGGAGGGAAGAGGGUGAUACAGAAGAAGAGACGAUCACAUUGCAGACCUAUAGUUCUUUCGGCCAUUUUUCUUUUUUUUGCAAUAUACCUCAAAGUUCGACGGUUGAAGCUCAUGAAUUUUGCAAGGUUUUGCGACUUGAUAAGAAAUCCUUUACUGAAAUACUGAAGAUAUACUUUUUAGAUGGUCGUGUUGUGUUGAACAACCUCCGGGAGGUAAAAGACUUAAAUUUCCAGCGUAAGCUUUUGUUAUCAGACUUCAACCUCACUAUCGGAAGCAUGGAAAUAGAGUUGGCUACAAGGCUCAACUGUGCUGCCCAUGAUGGUCAUCUUGAUCUUGUCAAACGUUUGAUUGGAUUUGGGGCAGAUCCCAACAAAACUGAUUAUGACGGUAGAACUCCCUUGCAUAUCUCUGCAUCAAAAGGAUAUGUGGAUAUUUCUUCUUAUCUUGUUGAAGAAGGAGUAUGCAUCGAUACAGCAGAUAAAUUUGGCACCACUCCCUUGCUUGAAGCCCUCAAGAAUGGACAUGAAGAUGUGGCAUCUGUACUUGUUAACGCGGGAGCUAUCCUUGCUAUUGAUGACGUUGGCAAUUUUCUCUGCAUGACAGUUGCAAGGAAGGAGUUUGACAUUUUGAAAAGGGUUCUAGCUUGUGGUAUUAAUCCAAAUGCAAAAAAUUAUGAUCAGCGUACCCCUCUUCACAUUGCUGCCUCUGAGGGCUUCUUUACAAUGGUUGAGUUACUUCUAGUGGCAGGAGCAAGUGUUUUAUCCAAGGACAGAUGGGGAAAUACACCUCUUCAUGAAGCUCAUACUGGUGGAAAUAGAAAUAUGAUCAAAUUGCUUGAAGUUGCUAAAGUUUCUCAGUUGGCUGAAUUGUCCGAUAAUAUUCAUGAAACUCAAGCAACACCAGUGCUGCAGUCAACAAAUGAAAUUCCUAAAAAGAGAUGUACAGUGUAUCCUUUCCACCCAUGGGAUCACAAAGCGGGUAAAAGAGAGGGAGUGGUCCUAUGGGUUCCACAAAGCAUUGAAGAACUUAUAAAGGAAGCAGGGAAACAUUUGGAAACUACGAACAAUUCCUACAUUUUGUCAGAAGAAGGUGGAAAAGUUCUUUACGUAGACAUGAUUAACAACGAUGAGAAGUUAUUUGUAGUAAGUGAAGAAAAAAAUGAGGUGAGAUGAUCUGGUCAUCCAAUUCCUCGAGAGCUUUCCUCCUUUCAUUAGCCUUCACCUCGGCAAU